AUGUCGACCCAUGAAGUCUAUACAGAUGUCUCUGGCUGGACCAACACGCGGAUAGGAGACCAGUUGCCAUCACCACAGUUGCACAAUUACCAUCCAUCUACGAUGAUGAUGCAAUUCUGUGAAUCGCCAAUUACCGACUCGCUCAAGCAAGAGCCAGAUGCAACCCCGGGCCAAUGUGAUAUUCGAGGUCUGGCCUAUUUGAAGGCAGCUGAACAAGGACACAGCUCACAGGAUCCUAGUGAUAGUUGCUAUAUGGGUUCCCACAAGGGUAGCCAGGGGGACCUCUCCUGCAGUGACCUAACGGAUGCUCUACAGUCGAGUUCAGCGAGCUCUUGCCCCGGAAGUCCCCAGACUCCCGGUGACGGGGAGCAGCAAAGCGAUAGCGGGCAUAUCGAUAGCAAGCAGGAAAUAUACAGCCCUGCUACAGAGGACGUGGAAAUUCAUGACGCAGAUGACGAACCGAAACCUACCGGAGGGGAGAAGAUUGAUAGGAAAAAGAUGAAGCGGUUUAGGUACUGA